AUGACUGCUGCCGCAUCGGGUCAGAAGGCCAAGCAGAAUGCUUUGGCCCUUAAGCGAUACCUUCCGCGCAAGCUCAGGGAAGCUGCCGAGGACGAGGCCGCGGUGGAGAAGGGAGUUGGACACGACUUGACCAUCUACAGCUUCGACCGCCCCAACGGCCAGUACGGAUACACGCCUUUCUCGAUCCAGUUGCGCUUCCGUCUUCGCCACGCCGGCGUCCAGCACAAGGACCGUGCUGCCAAUAUCUUCCAGGCCCCCAAGUACAGAGUGCCGUACGUCAAGCUUGCGGAUUCGGACGAGCUCGUUGGCGAGACGCAGUUUGUCAUCCAACGGCUGGUGCAGACGGGCAAGCUGCCGGAUCUCAACAAGGAGCUUUCCCCCGCCGAACAGGCCAAGGAUGCUUGCAUCCGAGCCAUGUUGGAGGACCGCGCUUACUUCCUUGUCCUUUACGAGAGAUGGCGCGACCAGUUCGACACGAUGUGGAACGACGGUCCCUUUGCGCACUUCGUCUGGGGUGCGAAGCAGAUUUCGACCCAGGCGGCCCGCGGCUACGUCAACUCGCAGCUGUGGUUCCAGGGUGUCGGUCGCUACAACAACGAUGAGGUCAAGAAGUUCGCCUCGGAAGUCGUCAUGUCCAUCAACGGCUUCUGCGAGACGUCGCUGUCAAAGCUGAGUCUGGACUCGCGAGAGUCUCGGGAGCCUUUCUGGAUUCUCGGCGGCCAGCGCCCGACCGAGGCCGACUUCAUCGUCUACGGCAACCUUGCCACCGUCAUGGGCACCAACGUGAACCCGGUGCAUGCCGCGCUCAUCCGCGAGAAGCCGGCGCUGGUCGAGUAUGUCGGGCGCAUCCACGAGCGUUACUUUGGCGAGUACAAGUCCCCCGUUCACUCUUGA